AUGGAGAACCGAUCCUCAGUGUCUGUCUUCCUGGUGGUUGGUCUGUCUGAUAAUCUAGAACCCCAAUUACUUCUUUUCUUGUUAUUUCUGUCCAUCUACCUCAUCACGGUGGUCGGGAAUAUUGUCAUUCUAACAUUGAUUUCCUUUGACCAGCGGCUGCACACCCCCAUGUAUUUCUUUUUAGCUAACCUUUCCAUCAUUGAUAUUAUAUUUUCCUCCGUAACCGUCCCCAAGCUUCUGUUCAUCCUGGUCACUGCCCACAAGUCCAUCUCCUUCUCUGGAUGUCUAACCCAGCUCUCGUUCUUCCAAUUUCUCAUGGUUGUAGAGUGCUACCUUCUUGCAGUUAUGGCAUAUGACCGAUAUGUGGCUAUUUGUUACCCUCUCAAUUAUGCCCUCAUCAUGAGCAAAGCUGUCAGAUUUGGGCUGGUGGCCACUUGCUGGAUUUCUGGGAUUCUUAACUCUGUGGUUCAAGCAGUUUCCAUUUCUACCCUUGACUUCUGUGGCCCCAACAUGGUUGAUCAUUUUUUCUGUGAUGUUACCCCCUUAUUUAAGCUGUCUUGUUCUGAUACAAGAGUGGGUGAGACUUUGUUUAUGAUGGUGGUGAUCUUUGCUGGAAUGGGGCCACUUAUUUUUAUUCUUCUUACAUACAUUAAGAUUAUUUUUGCAAUUACAAGGAUUAGCUCCAGCCGAGGAAGAAUUAAAACCUUCUCAACCUGUGCAUCUCAUUUCACGGUGGUGGCUUUCUAUUAUGGAAGUGGGAUUUUCAGUUAUAUUUGGCCAACAACCACCUACGCCAUGGACAAAGAUGUCAAACUGGUGGCUGUGCUCUACACAAUCAUGACUCCCAUGUUAAACCCCAUCAUUUACAGUCUGAGAAACAGAGAGGUCAAAGAAGUCCUGAAGAAAGUUCUAGGAGUAAAGGGAAUAAAAUAA